AUGGACAAGCGCAUGUCGUUGUGGCCUGUGCGGAUGCGGCUGGGGCGCCGCAGCGACCGACCACAGGUAUUCAUGGACAAGCACUACGCACACCCGGAGCAGCGCUUCCACUCGCUGCGUAACUUCGUUGAGUUCCUCGACCAGCGCCACACCAACGUGUCGAUCUUCGGCCUGCUCACGCACACCACCAUGGAGGUCGUCUCCGUUGCCUUCUAUGUGUGGACAUCGCAGGUGACUGCUGCAACGUCGGUGACCGAGUUCGCGUGGGGCCUGCCGGUCUUCAUCGUCGAGUUGGUGCUGAGCAUCAUUUUCUUUUUGGCGUGGGUCGGGCUGUUCUUCUUCGAGCCGGACAAGAAGGCAUACCUCAUCUCGUGGCUGUCGCUGGUGAACGCCAUGACGAGCAUUCCCAUGAUCGUGAUCGGCAUCGGCGCGCUCAAGGACUCGAGCUGGCGCUCCGUCUGGGUGCCCAUGUACCUCCGCGUGUGGUGGCUUUGUGACUGCCUCAGCGUGCUCAUCGACUACCCGCAGAUCGCACGCCACACUCCGGAGAUGUGGCGAGAGAUGGUCCGCUACUUUAUUCGGCUGUUUGCGGUCAUGUGCACAUGCGUUGGCACGCACCAGAUCGUGGAGUCCUGCUCAGGGGUGUACGUGGACUUGUACGACUCCUUGUAUCUUAUUAUCGUCGCCUUCGCCACGAUCGGCUUCGGUGACGUCACUGCCUUUACGACACCAGCGCGCAUCUUCAUGAUCGCGUUCAUCGUCAUUGGCAUCUGCUUCUUCCUUCCAUUGUUCCAGCGACUCUCUGUGAUUGCCGAACGCAGCCAGCUCCACAACACCUUCAGCGGCGGCGGCUCUGCGUCGUGGCUGCGCCGCGGCUGGAAGCACCCGCAUGUGAUCAUCUGCGGGCAGUUCAGCGACCUCUCCGUCGAGCUGCUGCUUAGGAACUUCUACGCGGGCUGGCGCAAGUACCUUGACACAUGCAUCGUGCUCAUGGCGCCGGAGGAGCACUCGCCGGAGGUGCGGCUGGCGGCGAACCUACCGUGGCUGAAGGGCCGCGUGACGCUCAUGGUGGGCGACCCCGCGAAGCCGAAGGACCUGGACCGCGCCAAGGCACGCGACGCCGACGCCAUUUUUCUGUUCGGCGACUCGCGCUCGACCGCCUACUACCAGGACUACACCAUCAUUGCGCAGUCUGUGGCGGUGAGCCUGUACGACCGGAACCUGCCGCAGCACCUGCUGCUGCACCGCAACUGCACGGUGAAGCAGAUCAGCCCGUACGCGGCGAGCGUGCUGGAGGUGGAGCGCAUACUGCACCACCUGUUGGGGCUGUCCAUGGCGCAUCCCGGCGUCGUGCCGCUCAUCGUCAACCUCCUGCGCACCUACGAGUCGCUGCCGUCCGACAUCACGCUGUCGCGGCACUGGGUGGAGCAGUACGAGUACUCGCUGCGCAACGACAUGUACGGGCUAGAGAUUCCGGACGCGCUGCGCGGGCGCGAGUUCCGCGUGCUGGCACGAUCCUUUUUUGAGAAGGACGUCACGCUCAUCGGCAUCCUCAACGCGCGCAGCGUCGUCCAGCUCAACCCUCGCGAGCUCGUUCCAAACGCGAAGAAGCUCAUCCUGAUCGCGAAGACGAUGAAGGUGGCACAGGACGCCACCGACGCCAUCGCGCGAGACCACGAGCAGACCUUUGGCGAGGAGAUGCUUGCGGCGCCCGAUCCUGAUGAGCACGACCGUGCGAAGCGGCGACGCGCAAGGUCUCGCUUCCUCGUCCACCUCCGCAGCAGCAGCAGCAGUAGUAGUAGCGGUGUCGAUGGCGAUGUCGAAGACCGCAACGGUGCGCCAAAGCAACGUGGGGACCGGUGGCCGCGGCAGACCGCACACGUCAGCGCGUCGCGGCCCGCGACGCCAACGGCCACGACAACCGACUCGCAGAGAACGCAGCCGGUGCGACCACACGCUGCGGCAGCAGCGCUAGAGAACGGCAACGGCCUGGCGCGUGCCUUCCCCAGCGUAGUCUCGUUGCAUCCCAGCGGCAGCUCCAUCGCCGCUGAGGGCAGCAGCGGCGACGAGUUUGACGCGAGGAGCAGCAUUGUCGCUGCCUCACCGUCGCCGCCGAGCUCCAUGCGCGCACCUCCGGUGCGCAGCGAGGCCCUGGUGCGUAUCGACGACGCUUUCGACCUCGAGAACCACUUCGUCGUCGUCGACCUCUCCUCCGCCAAGGCCAAGGACGAGUCCAGCCGCUACGCGCAGGAGGCUGUCAACACCGCCGUCGCGCACGACAUCUUCCACGUCACAAUGCCAGUGCGUCAGGCGUACCCCGCCAACGACAUCGUCCUGCUCACCAACGACGUCAGCUUCGGCCCCUACCUCGACUACUACUGGAGCGUGCACCGCCAGGACAGCGCCAACCCUGUAAAGUACAUCAGCGGCUGCGGCCUCAAUACCGCCGACCUGCGCCGCUGCAACCUUGAGCGCUGCGCCGGCUGCUGCGUCUUCUACGCCGGGGACGUCAGCCGCUCCGGCUCCACCAGCGCCAUGUCCAUGCUUACCGUGCUGUCCAUAAACGAGAUCCUGCACGGCAUCCCGGCCUUCCCCGUCGUCGUGGAGCUCGAGGGCCUCGCCAACCUGCCUCUGUUCCCGCCGCACGCCGAGGACCUGCGCCUGCGCACGAAGGCGGAGAUCGACUUUGUGUACGAGCCAAACUUCAUCAUCGGCAACGCCGUCAGCCGCCUCAUGCUGUUCCCCGCGCUGCAGCGCACCUACUUCAUGGAGGAAUUCAUCGACGUCAUGGAUGUGCUCAUCAGCGGCCACGCUCCCGACACGCCCGCGCUCGCGCGCCUGCCGCUGUCGCUGUUCCAGGCAGAGCUCCAGACCUACGAGGACGUCGUCGUCUACUGUCUCAAGUUUGGCUACCUGCCCAUCGCUCUGCAGCGCCGCAUCGUCGACGUGCGCAACCCGUCCAUCAACGGCCAGCGCUUCGUGCUCACGAACCCGCCGCGCGCGCUGCCAGUGAACCAGCAGACGGACCUGCUCUUCUACAUCACGCCAGGGUAG